GUGAAAUGAGCUGGAGAAGGAAAUGGCAAACCACUCCAGUAAUCUUUGCCAAGAAAACCUCAUGGGGUUAGGAUGUAUCCGACGCGACCGAAAAACGACCAAACAACAAAAAUAAAAUAAAAAAUUGGCGUUUCACUCCCAAGGAAACAGGCAAACAGAUGAAUUGACUUGCCUAGGAUUAGGCAACUCGUCUGAGGCCGGAUUCGAACUCGCGAAGUUAUUCUCCAGCCUCCAGGGCCGGUGCUCUAUGCCCUUAGGGCGCUUCCUAGUGGCCCUAUAUAAAUACAAAUAAGCAUUAAAUACAAAUUCUAGUCAGCCAUUCGUACCCAGAGGUCCGGCCAUUAGGAGAAACCGAAGGAGGCAGGGCUCGGGCUUGUUAGCUUGUAACCAAGCAGCAAUGAUUUCACCUGAGCGCCCCAGGGCCCCAGCAGCCACCGGCCUGAAUCGGGCACGGCCAAUCAGGGCCGCGCUCUCCCCGGGAGCCAAUCGCGGUCACCCUUCGGGAGAUUACGUAAGUGCUAAAUAGAGCGACGCCCUUGCCUCCCGCUGCGACCAAUCGGAGUCGUAGCUGCAGGGGCCAGAUGGGGCGGGGCGGGGCGGAUUGCCUCGGGACCAAUGGUCCCGCUCCCCGGGAAUUUUCAAGGGGGCGAGCUAGAAGGUGGCAGGUCCCCCGCCCCCAUUAAAAGGCCCAGCCCGAAGCCCAUCCCCAGCGCGCAGCCGGGAUGUCGAGCCCCGUCCAACCCGCCGCCCUCCCGGGGACAGCGCCCGCCGGUAGGAGCCCCGGGCCGCCUCCGUCGGGCCACGGGCCCUCAUGUCCUUCCUCCGCAGGCCUUUCGGAGCGGGCGGCGCGGGCCUGGCCGCCCCCCGGGCUCGCCGAGGCGCUGGCCGCGCUGGGGCUGGACGGGGAGCGCGAGUACGCGGGAGAUAUCUUCCUCAGUGUCAUGGUGCCAGCCCUGGAGAAAAGGCAGCCCGGCUCUCACAAGGGGCGCGGCGGGCAAAGCCCUGAGUCCAAACAGGGCGGUUCGCCUCUUACUUUCUCCGCUUUGCCACGUGCUCAAGCCUCGGGGAGCGGACCCGGGCCAAGUUCUCCCAGCUGCCCCUCGCCCCCUUUUCCAGGCAGGCCAGGCGCUCCCCAAGAAGGACUUGCCUCGUGCGGUGACUGCGGAGAUGCGCGCCCUCGUGGUGGACUGGCUGGUACAGGUGCACGAAUACCUGGGCCUGGCCGGGGACACGCUCUAUUUGGCCGUGCACCUGCUGGACUCCUACUUGCGCGUGGCCCGCGUGCCGCUGCGCCGCUUGCAGCUGCUGGGGGUCGCCUGCCUCUUCGUGGCGUGCAAGGUGGAGGAGAGCGUCCGCCCCGAGGUAGGGUCCGCCGGAGGAGAGACGGGAGGGGCGGGGCAGGGGGAAGGGCUGGGCGGCCCCGCACCCACCCACUCCCGCUCCACCUCCCUAACCCCGCUCCAGCCCGCCUCCCUGUGCCUGCUGGGCGCCGGCUCCUUCUCCCCGGCCCAGCUGCUCCGCGCUGAACGGCGCCUCCUCAGCCGCCUGAACUUCCAGCUCUACUACCCGGGCCCCCUCCUCUGCCUGGGCCUGCUGGCCGCCCUGGCUCGAAGCCGGCCGCGGGUUCUCCUCCUGGCCACCUAUUUCCUGGAGCUCUCUAUCCUGGAGGCCGAGUCCGCGGGCUGGGAGCCGAGCCGUCGGGCCGCUGCGGCCUUAGCUCUGGCCCAGCGCAUGCUGCUGCACGAAACCGGAGAGGCCGCCGAACUGGGUCUCUACAGCAAGGCGGAGCUGGGCCCCAUCGAACCCUGCAUGACCCGAGCGGCGUUGCGGGGUCCGGCCCCCGGCCGCGCCGCUGUCUUUCUCAAGUACGCGAGCCCCCAGAGGCAGUGCAUCAGCCUCAUCGCCGCCCGCCUGCUGGCCGGGACCUGCCCCGCGGCCCCCGUCAGGGAGGAGGGAGAGGAGGGGGUCUCGUAAAAAAAAAAAAAUAAAAUAAAAUAAAAAUUGUACGUCUGUGUAUCUGCACUUCUAAUAAAAACGUGGUUUUUAAA